AUGCCUGGGUCUCUGACGAAUGGUUCUCUGACGAACGGUUCUCUGACGAACGGUUCUCUAACGAACGGUUCUCUUACGAAUGGUUCGUCUCCCGUCGCCGGCGACGAGUCCUCGGAUCACUUCGUGGUCCAUAUCUCGUCCGGGACCGCCUUGGUGGAGUUCUCCAAGGGCAACCGCCAGAACCCUUUCAGCCGGCCAAAGAUGCGCGAGUUGACGGCCCUCACCAAGAAGCUGGCCGACGAUGAAGAAGUCGGCUGCAUCGUGCUGACCGGUGGCGAGGGCCGCUCCUUCAGCGCUGGUGGCGACUUCCACGAGACCUCACACUUCACCGGAGGCGACGAGGUCGACGCCUGGAUCGACGACUUCACCCACCUCUACACCACCGUCGCCGGCAUCUCCAAGCCCGUCGUCGCAGCCAUGGACGGCUACGCCAUCGGAUUGGGCCUCCAGAUCGCUCUCUGCUGCGACUACCGCAUCGGCGCCGACACGUGCCAGCUCGUCAUGCCCGAGUUCCGCAUGGGCAUCGCGUGCAACUUUGGCGGGCUGAUGCUCGAGGCUACCGUGGGCCGCUCCGUCAUGCAGAGGAUGUUGUUCACGUCCGAGAAGUGGGAUGCGCCGGCGGCGCUGCGCGACGGCCUGCUGCACGAGGUCGUCCCGGCCAAGCAGCUGGUCGCCCGCGCGCUGGAGAGGGCUCGCACCAUCAGCUCGUGGGCGCCCUCGGCCGUUCGCGGAACUCGUCCGUACAUCAACGCCAAGUUCUGUAAGGACCUGGUGGAUCUCGGAGAGUCGGCCAAGCGCACCCACCGUGGUGCGUUUGCCGCCGGUGAUGCUCAGAAGAACAUGAAAACAAUCAUCGAGAAGAGCCAGAAUCAUGUUCAGGUUUGGAAAGAAGAGGCGUCGCCUUCGUGGGUCCUGUUCGCCAACACGACCAUCUCAUCCCUUGAAAAAACCCUUCAAACCGUCACGGCCUCCGGCAUACACGUCUACGGACAGGGACAUGCUUUGACUUCCGGGUCCUACACUUGGCUCGACGGAGAUGAUGGUGCUUCACCCUCGGCCCAUGAUGAGUGGGACACGUUCAUCGAGUCCCGCGGCGACAUUCUUCGCGCCAGAGCGGGUGCUAUGAGUGAUCGACCACUUUACGCGACACGCAACACCACCACGGGAGCUUGGGCUGUCGGCACCGACGCAUUCACGCUGCACCUUGCCCGCUCGCAGUGGGGCAUGCACGCCGGGUUGACGAAUCCGUCCGUCAUCUACCGGGACGAGACCACCGCCUUCAUCGGCGUAUCAAAGGUCCCGAGCAACUCGAGCAUCGAGCUGCGCAAGACCGGCAGCGGCGAUGCUCAAGGCGGUCGAUGGAAGCUCUCGACCGAACAGUUCCGCGACCCCAUCUUGGCUGCCUUGAGCCCGCAGAUCCGGGACUUUGCCCUUGCCGGCUCCAGUUUCGUCUCGGCCCUGCAAGGAGCCGUCUCCCAGAUGACCCAGAACGGAGACGGCUCCGUCGCCACCCUCCUUUCCGGCGGCAUCGACUCGGGUGCCGUGACCGCCUUCGCCGUCCUGUCCGGCCUCAAAGUGACGGCCUACAGUGCCGGCACCCCCUGGGGCAACGAGCACAGCGAGGCCAAAGAGCUCUGCGACUUCCUCGGGAUCCCGCACGUGUGCGUCGACUUCUCGGCCGAGGAGCUGCUCGCCGCCGUCCCCGAGUCUAUCCGCGCCAUGGGCCACUCCGAGAACGAGCGCGUCGACAUCGCCAUUAGCAUUACAGCCAUGCUCCGCAGCGGCAUCAUCAAGGAAAAACACAUCCUGACGGGUUACGGCAGCGACUUGGUGAAUCUCGGCCUGCCUCCCGCGUCCGGUGCCGAUGAUGUCGACGCCUUGAUCAAGGACAUCAUCGACGGCGUCGACUGCUCGCGUAACAGCAACGAGUUCACCGACUUCGUCGCGCAUACUUACGGUAAAAGGCUGUCGCACCCUUACUGGCACAAGGAUGUCGUUCUGUCCGCUCUGGACAUCCACCCGGCCUGCAAGAUCCGCGGAGGUCGUGAGAAGGCCUUCUUCCGUGCCGCCAUGGAGCCGUAUGUGCCCAUGACAACCGCUUGGCGCAAAAAGAUCGGCAUCCACCUCGGAGGCGGUCUGCAGGGCGGGCUCGACGCGACUUUUGGCAGUCGUGAGCUGAAGAUCCAGGCCUACGACGAGUGCUUCCGAGCCAUCGCAUCCCGCGUCCUGGAAGACGGCCCUCUCGCUAGCGUUACCAACCUGGCGCCAAAGGUUGACCACCUUCGUCAGCACACGCCCAUGACACCGUCCGGCGCCGGACGCUUGCUCCACUGGGACGGUACCGCCUCGGAGGAGGCCCUCGGCAAGCUUUCCGAGACACUUCUGGAGAGCCUCAAGGGCGCCGGCUUCGUGCUCGUCAAGAAUCUGCCCCUCGGCGAGGAGCAGUUCAAAUCCCUCGUCCACUGCCUCGGCGACCCGGUCCAGCACAAGUGGAAGACGGGCUCCAGCGACCUAAUGAAGCUGAACGCCACGCACGAGAAGGGCAACGUCGUGCUCGGCCGCGGCCCCCUGCCCCUGCACACGGACGGCAUCCUCAUCGACCAGUACCCGGACCUGAUCAUGCUGUACGCGGCCGAGUUCUCCGACGAGCCCGGCUCCGGCGAGACCUUCAUCGUCGACCAGGUGCGCGCGGGCAAGGAGAUGCCGUCGGACCUGCGCGAGAGGCUGAGCAAGGUGACUUUCGAGUACCACAUCCAGGAGCAGGGCCACUACCCGAGGGCCUCGUCGGAGCAGGGGAUCCGGGUGACGCCGUUGCAGGUCGGCGAGGACGGGGAGGCGUCGUUGCGCCUGUGCCUGCCCUUCCCGGCCGGCAUCGAGCGCAGCUGGGCCAUGAAGGCCGUCAGCACGGUUCCCGGGGUCGAGGUGGACUCGGACGCGCUCCUGGCCGACUUGGAGCGCUAUCUGCUGCAGCCGAGGUAUAUGUAUCAGCACCGUUGGAACGUGAAUGAGUUCCUCGUGUUUGAGAACAAGACUACCCUGCAUGGCCGCACGGCUAUCAGCGAGGGCGGUCUUCGCUCGCUCUAUCGGGCCCAGUAA